UAGAGAACAUGGAUCAAAUUACGCCGGUAGAGAACGUAUCGGAGCAAUUGCCAUGUAGUAAGAGAAAUGCCGACAAUCGUAUGACGGAAACACCAUUGCCGGAUAUUCUUGACGAAGAUGUUGUGCUGUCGAAGCGCCGAGGCGGGCAGAUAUUGAAUGCGGGGCCACUGGUUGUUGAUGGUACCACCGAUAAUAAAGAAGAUGGCGGUGAUGAAUUUAAUGAUUAUAACGGCGUGCUGUCGAGUGUGUUGCCGAAUGCUUUCUCACAGUAUGAGAAAUCAGAAACAGGAAAUUCCUUAUCGGAAGAAGUUGGUGUCACGCCCAAGACUGGGAUCGAACGGUUCCGUGCUGUCGUGAACAUGGUUAAGAACAACUUGAAAUGGGCUAGAGCAUUGGGGAACAGAGACGAAAACCCUUCCGAAAUCCACCAUCUUGAAGGCGAUGAAAUACUGACGUUUAACGUUGACGCGUUUAAAGCCAAUGUGCAAGCCGUAAAUCCAUUGACGCCAGAAGUUAAAAUGAUAUUAUGCACACAUUCUUGGAAUCGGACAGCCAGUAACAUUCAAACAGUUUAUAAAUUCCUUAACAAGUUGAAGUUUUUCGACAAGUAUACGCACACUAUUAAGACAGAGCUAGCUUCGGUUCUAUACUACGAGGCAUUUGAAGAUGGGCGAGUACUUGUAAAGCAAGGCCACCCUGGCAGAUCAUUCUACUACAUACUGUCCGGUGAAGUGAUCAGUGAAAUGACUGAAGAAGAUACACGUACCGGGGAGAAAAUGACUCAAGUUGUUGGUGAGACGCCGGCGGGGUCAGCCUUUGGAGAGUUAGCGCUACUUCACGAAACUAAAAGGACCGCCACAAUAUUUUGCAAAGGGGAUUCUGAAUUUCUGCGAGUUGAUAAGCCUGAUUUCGAUAUGGUGUUAAGACGGAGCUACCAGCAAGAAUGGGAUAACCGAAUUUCAGCAUUGAGAUCCCUCCAGACAUUCGGUGAUUGGAGCGACGAAGAACUCCAAUCGGCCAAUGACCGUUGUCAAUUUGAAGAAUACCCUCCAAAUACGAUAAUUUUGAGCGACCUUAAACAAGCUCCUGAGAAUGUUUAUUUCAUCAAGUCCGGAGAGUGCAAGAUUAUCCGUGAAGUGACGAUAAUGAAGCGCCACCUACCGUUUGGUCAUGAGAAGCUAUUUCUUCCUCCAUACACUACGGACCUACAGGUCGAGCCAACUUAUAAAGAGAAACAUUCUGAAAAUCUCUACAACACACCCCUUCACAUAUGUACUUUCGGGAAGGGAAGUUUCUUUGGCGUAGGUGAGGAUCUUCGUAAAACGCAUAUUAUUUCGAUCGGUAAAGUCGAAUGUAUUCUUGUGUCCCGCUUGGCGUUUCUUUUUCACGAGCACGGAAAAUGCAUUGAACCAAUGAAACAGAGCGUGGAGGAGCUGAUACCGUCACGAGAAGAAGCGUUUAACAGCUACGUCGAAGGAAUUAAGUGGAGAAAAUAUAAACAUAGCCUCGUCAGUGAAUUAGUUGGCAGAAGACAAAUACCAAACAACACUAGCAUAACGGACGUCCCACUUGUAUUAAGACGGGAAGCUCAGCGAUAAAAUUGAACAUUUUCAUUAGGAACUGUUUUAUUAUUAUGUAGGUUAUAUUUAUUGCAUUCUAUAAAUAAAAUAUUGAAAACUAUCGUGACUGGUAAGUUUAUUCAUAUCGAUUAGUCACUGGUAGUAGUACACAUCGUCCA